CGCCCAAAUCGGCAUGUGUGACUCCUCACUCUCAAUAUUCCACAGUCAGGCUACAGUAAUUUAGUUCGGACUAAAAGGGGAAGUGGUAAAAACUGUAAUAGAAGUACAAAAGUGUUGUUUUCACACACAGAUCUCCCUCUAUCCAGUGUAGAAGAGUCACACACAGUCGCUCUUUCACUCUUCUCUGGUGAAGUGAAUGAUGGAAAUAUCUGUGACGUUCCUCCUCACUGGAUGUCUGAUACAAGGAGCUCUUUGUGGUUUUGAUAUCAGUCUGCCGAAGAAAGUAGAAGCUCUAAAAGGAUCCUGUGUUUUCAUACCCUGCACAUUUGAUGUUGAUCAAGAAUAUGAAAAAUACCUCACAGAUAAUGCAAAGAGAAAAUGGCAUAAAGACGAAACGCCUCUCACUGAAGUGUUUAACUCAGAUCAACCCAACGCUGGAUCGUUAAAAGGAGAAAUAUUUGGCACUCCUACAGACAAAAACUGCACCACCCACUUCCACAAUGUCCGUCAGAGUGAUAAUGGGUCAUAUUUCUUUAGAGUUGAAAGCGGUCAAUUGAAAUAUAGCUACAGGAAACCUACAUUCACCCAAGUUGAAAUUGCUGUCAUUGGUUCUCCACCCAAACCCAAAGUGAGUCUGUUAAAGGAUCAGCAGAACGUGACAGAGGUGGAGGAGGGAAGCUCUGUGAAUCUGCGCUGCUCGACUAAGAUCUUCUGUUCCUCUCGUCCAGCAAAUCUCACAUGGAGCUCGUCUCCUGAACACCUCCUCGACGAGAGCGUCACUCAACAGCAGCGUCAGGAGCAAACUGAGCUGAUCUCUGAUCUGAUCUUCACUGUAACUCCCCGUCAUCAUUCAGCCAAUUUCACUUGCUCUGUAACACACCAGCUUCGGCAGCAGAUCACAAAAAACAAGACCCGUACCCUACGUGUUCAGUACGCCCCUAAAAACACAUCUGCUCAUGUGACUGGAUCUGGGUUUGUUGUGGAGGGCCGUUCAGUGACUCUGAGCUGCAGCAGUGACGCAAACCCACCGGUGCUCAACUACACCUGGUACAGAGACACUGAAGAACCACUGAAACCAGUGCAGAGCGGACAGAACCUGACCAUCAGCAACACCGACCCGACACACAGCGGACGAUACGUCUGUACAGCUCAGAACGAACAAGGCACUCAGAACGCAUCAGUGAUGCUGGACGUCCAGUACGCUCCUAAAAACACAUCUGCUCAUGUGACUGGAUCUGGGUUUGUUGUGGAGGGCCGUUCAGUGACUCUGAGCUGCAGCAGUGACGCAAACCCACCGGUGCUCAACUACACCUGGUACAGAGACACUGAAGAACCACUGAAACCAGUGCAGAGCGGACAGAACCUGACCAUCAGCAACACCGACCCGACACACAGCGGACGAUACGUCUGUACAGCUCAGAACGAACACGGCACUCAGAACGCAUCAGUGAUGCUGGACUUCCAGUACGCCCCUAAAAACACAUCUGCUCAUGUGACUGGAUCUGGGUUUGUUGUGGAGGGCCGUUCAGUGACUCUGAGCUGCAGCAGUGACGCAAACCCACCGGUGCUCAACUACACCUGGUACAGAGACACUGAAGAACCACUGAAACCAGUGCAGAGCGGACAGAACCUGACCAUCAGCAACACCGACCCGACACACAGCGGACGAUACGUCUGUACAGCUCAGAACGAACACGGCACUCAGAACGCAUCAGUGACGCUGAACGUCCAGUUUGCGCCCAAAAUCUCCAGUUUUUGCAAAAGCAGCGUAAUCACGUGUGUCUGUGAGGCUCAUGGGAAUCCCUCGCCAAAACUAGAGUGGCAUCUAUCUGGAAAUGUUCUCGCUAACACCACAAACACAGUCAUCUGGAAUGAAACUUUAGGAAGCACAAGCUCGAAGAGCGUCCUAAUCAUCCAUCGGCAUCUCACCGAAACGGACGUCCUGCUGUGUUUCAGUGCAAACACUCUCGGCACCGCCAGCGCCAGCUUUCAUCCCAUCGCGCAGACUCUGACAAAUUUCCAUCAGCAAUCUGUGCUGCUCGGAGCUGCUGUCGGCGCAUCAGCGAUGAUGAUCUUGUGCAUCAUAGCAGUCUACAAUGAACGAAGAAGGAAUCCCAAACCUUCAGGAACCAGACAAGACGACACAUCUGGGCUCAUACUGUCUCAAACAGCCACGGUUCCCAACGGUGACGAAGUGGUUGUUUACGAAAAUAAAGACAUGCAGUCAGCCAUUACACCAAGAACAGCAGAAUCUCUUCAUUAUUCCUCGAUCGUCUUCACGAAUGCGGAGCCGGCGUCAGGAGAGAUCUGGGGCGCCUCCUCGCUGACCGAGGUAUAUGCGGUGGUCCGUCGUCAUUCUGCAGGAGACGCAGCAUCUGCGACCGACCUCGAGAAAGACCAAAGCCCACAAGAUAGCAGGGAGAAGAUCACGGAUGGGUCAUCGGAAGACAUGAUUUAUGAAAACAUGACCCAUCGCUUGGUUGUUUAAAGACAGAAAAGGAACAGUUGUACUUUGUCCAAAAUCGAAUACUGCUAUACAGUGUGCGAAAAAGUAUUAUGAAUACAUAGUAUUUAAAUAACAGUUGGCGAAAUGUACCCAGUGUGACGUAGUACUUCUGAACUUUAUUAUCCCAAUUGGCCAAUAGUAGCCAAUAGAUAGAAGUUUCUCCAAUCUUCUUGAAACUCUUGAUUCUGAUAGAGGGCCAUGGGACUUAGACCUGAGUGCAAAAAUGGAGGAUCUAGACCCUUCCAGAGCUGAGAUAUGGACAUCCCACGUAGCAUUUAUCCCAUUAUAAAAAAAUAGUGGUUUAAAAUGGGAUAAAUGCUACAUAUCGCAGCUCAGAGUCCAUUUUUGCACUCAUGUCUAAGUCUCAUGGCCCUCUAUCAGAAUCCAGAGUUUCGAAAAGAUCGGAGAUGGAUUUUAAACCCGGAAGACAAAAAAAGCGAGAAAAAAAAUCUAAUUUAACCAUUUUGACCCUACUAUUAAAUCUAACAGAUGCUAACAUUGUCUUCAAUGGUGUUCGACACAUACCCCUGUUAAAAUGUCAGAAAAUUUGGUUUGGGGUUUCAUGACCCUUAAAGUGUGAUGAUGAAGACAUCCAGGAUCAGUACACAUGAACAUGGUUAUUUCAAUUUAUUUUCUCAUAAACUCUUUGCAACUAACGGUCAAGCACACAAUUUAUCAAAGAACAGUUUUCCAUCCAAAGACCUCGACCGUACUUGUUUGACAGCACAACAUGGAGACAAAUGUUGAGUAAAGGUCUAGCAACUCAGCAACUUCACUGCUGUGAACAUCUCUAAAAGCAAACAUGCACGUGUUACAAGAAAGGAAGAAAGAAACAUUUUCAAUAGGGGACUUUUUUUUCCAUUAAAAAACUUUUUUCCACUUUUUUUUAUGUAAUCCAGUUGAUCAAACCCAAAUCAAUCCAGCUGAAUCGCAUCAGGACUUCACCACACAAAGCCAAAGCAGCGAUUUAAAAACGUCGGCCAUGUUUCUGAGCAGAAACGUUGGAGAUUGUAAAGAUCACGUUGGCAGUAGAAGCUUCAAUUGAAAACUCAGCUUGGCUCAAAAUUAAGGGUUGCUAUUAUUAAGACACCAAGGUGUUCGAUUCUAGUAGAAAAAUGGCUGUGUAUUUCACGUUUGGAAUGAUUUAGUGUGCAUGUGCUUCUCUACUGAUAGGCUACCGAGGAGCUUAAAUGUUUCUGACAUGCAGGAGAAUCCUCUAAAAUAAUCUCUCUAUUAUUAAUAAGUAAGCUGGGGAAGACGUAUGUGCGGUAAACAUGAAAAACUGUGUGCGAAACAUACGAAAGACCAGGUGAUGGAAGGCAGACACGUCUUAAAACAGCAAUCUAAAAAUACAAUUUGGCAAUCGACCACCAGGGGGCAGUCAGUGUAGAAAAACGAAAGCUCAUGAUGUCCUCAAAUAGGCUAGUGCUGUCAUCAUGAGGCCGUCUGAAAAUGGAAAAUUAGCCGUCACUUUGACCUCUGGCAGGGUUGUAGAUUCAUAAAACUGUAUAAAUACACACAUUUGGUUCAUCUUCAAAGCAAACGUAAAUAAAAAUGCUUCAGAAAAUGAGCAAAGGUUAAAAAGGAAAGGGCAACAACUACAAAACGCAUCUAGAUGUUCCCUCCUGAAAUCUGACAAUACGUCUGCAGGUCCUGUUAGAUUCAGAGCACUUUAAAUAUAGUGGUUAAUAACAAAUAAAACAACAUUAAAACA